AUGUCCAGAUUAAGGGAAGGAUUUGAUGAGAUUGGAAAGAAUUUGAUGACAAGAGAGAGAGAGAUGCAAUGUGCUGAAGAGUGCCCUUUUUCUCCUUAUUUCUCACCAUAUGAACCUCAGAAAUUUGCAGCUGUUCAUAAAGUUUUUGGAGCAAGCAAUGUUUCCAAGAUGCUCAUGGAGGUGCCUGAGCCACAAAGAGCUGAUGCAGCCAACAGUUUGGUUUUCGAAGCGAACGUGAGGAUGAGAGAUCCGGUAUAUGGGUGCAUGGGUGCAAUUUCAGCUUUGCAGCAACAGGUUCAAACUCUACAAGCUGAACUUAAUGCUGUACGGGCUGAGAUCCUGAGAUAUAAGUAUAGAGAAGCUGCAAAUACAAUCAUUGCUUCUAAUAAUGUGGCAGCGUUAUUUCCCUCCGGAACUGUGUCCUUGGCUGAGCUGCCACAAGCUCCUCCUAUGCCACAAGCUCCUCCUACUCCGACCACUUCUACGACUGCUGCUGCUGCUGCUCCACCGCCACCAACUCCUCCUCCUCCUCCACCAGCUUCUGUUGUCUCUUCCUCAUCUUCAGCUCCACCUUUGUACACUUCCGCUCCUAGCACGGCGAGCUUUAACAACAUUUCAAAUAAUAACAUAACAUAUUUUCACUGA